AUGGAACUGAAAGAAGGAAACGACACCUUGGUGACUGAAUUUAUCCUAGUGGGGUUUCCAACUCUCCCUGAGCUACAGAUUGUCCUGUUCCUCGUGUUUCUGAUGUUGUAUGGUAUGAUUCUAACAGGGAACAUAGGUUUGAUGAUGUUAAUCAGGAUAGAUCCCCAUCUUCAAACCCCCAUGUAUUUUUUUCUUAGCAACCUGUCCUUUGUAGACCUUUGUUAUUCCUCUGUCAUUGUUCCCAAAAUGCUGGUCAAUUUCCUCUCAGAGAACAAAUCCAUUUCUUAUUAUGGCUGUGCCCUGCAGUUCUAUCUUUUCUGUACUUUCGCAGAUACAGAAUCUUUUAUCUUAGCCGCCAUGGCGUAUGAUCGUUAUGUCGCCAUCUGUAACCCUUUGCUAUAUACGGUUGUGAUGUCCCGGGGCAUCUGUGUGUGGCUGAUUGUCUUGUCGUACAUUGGUGGCAAUAUGAGCUCCUUGGUUCAUACAUCUUUUGCCUUUAUUCUGAAAUACUGUGACAACAAUGUGAUUAAUCAUUUCUUCUGUGACCUCCCUCCACUGCUUAAGCUCUCCUGCACAGACACCUCAGUCAACGAGUGGCUCCUCUCCACGUAUGGCAGCUCUGUGGAAAUCAUCUGUUUCAUCGUCAUCAUUAUCUCCUACUAUUUCAUUCUUCUCUCGGUUUUAAAGAUUCGCUCUUCCAGUGGAAGGAAGAAAACAUUCUCCACAUGCGCCUCUCACCUGACCUCAGUGGCCAUCUACCAGGGCACUCUUCUCUUUAUUUACUCACGGCCCAGCUCCCUGUAUUCUCCCAACACUGAUAAGAUCAUCUCAGUGUUCUACACCAUCAUUAUCCCAGUGCUGAAUCCCUUGAUUUACAGUUUGAGAAAUAAAGAUGUAAAAGAUGCAGCUAAGAAAGCUCUAAGGUCAAAGACAGAUUCCUCAUGA